AUGCCUCCUGAAAACCUUCACAUAACCGUCUUGGAAGUCGCUCAUUCUCUGACAGAAGAUCAAAUUGAAGGACUUGUCCAGACCCUCCAGUCAUCCAAAGAUGUCACAUCUGCAAAUAUUGCAGCAUACUCACGCAGCCGCCCUACACGUCUUAUCAAGCCUAUGGUAAGCUUCGAUUCCACUGCACUGGCGCUGGGCUUUGUCCCGGCUGCUGGUGAGUGUCUAGAAGCGGAAUCUAGUAGCAAUAAUGAGCACUACACAUACCAUCAUCUUCGCCGAGAUGUAUUUGACAUGGUCCGACAAACCAAGGUCCCUGUUGCUUCGCGUUAUAUUGUUCCCUCGGCACAUCUCACUAUCGCAAGGUUUAUUACCCAGGACGGGUUUGUGGUCAAGGGAUCGAAUGACACGGAGACUGUCGACCAUGCGCGUGUCAAGAUGUUGAUUGAUAAAAUUGGUGAGAUUAACCAGAAGUUGGAAAAUGAGUAUUGGCCCAAAGAGGGGGCCAUUAGGGAGGAUGGUGAAUGGGUUGCUGGGCAAGAGGGUCUAGUCAUUCGGAGAGGGUGUCUCUGGUAUGGAGGCGGCGAGUAUGUGCCGCUUGACUAG